CUGCACACAAGUAUGCGACGACUGGCUGAGGGCUAACGGAGCCGGUAACUGGGAGGUUCUUUGAGAACGUUUCAAGCUCUCUGUGCUAAAGAUGGCGGUGGUAGAGGGACGGUUUUGGCUUGGGAAUAAGUGUAUUUUUUUCUGUUGAGACGAGGAUAAAAAUAGGAAAGGGCAUAUGGAAGAUUCUGGAAUGGAGGAUGGGCAGUCCAUAGAUGUGGUCAAUUAAGCUGAAUGCAUUGUGAUUUCCAAUAAUUGAGACAGUGAUUGUAAAAAGCUGUCUACAUUAAUGAAAAGAACAAUGUAGUCAGCUUAGCAUAUUCAACACUGUACAUGACUAAUGCAAAAUUUGAGGCAUCCUGGCAAUGUCCUUCUGCAUGUUUGUCUGUAAGGUCCUUUUAAAGUGUUUGAGAAAACUGUAGACAAAAGACCCCUGAUAGAUAACCUGUUCCGUUUAGCUUUUCAUUAAAAGUUGUUAGGAGAGAUGGAUAUUGAUGAGAUAUUGCCUCCUCUCCCGCUGGAGCCCCCGGAGGAUGAUGUGUCAGGCAGCCACAAAUGCAUAGCACCUCCACCACCUCCCCUGCAAACGUCCAGUGACGCAGAGGAAAUGGACGUUAGCUCAGGUGGUGAUGGACCCACAAACACCCCGGCAGGGAACAGGGAGGCGCAGCUCCUCACCACUUUUACUACCAACCUGUCGGACGAGCCGGACACAGGCGGCUCGUGCCCUAGAACGGCUCGCCACGCUCCUCCAAUCACCAAGUUCCUUCCCGACCUCAAGUUGCUCAGAGAUGUCAAGGUUAGCGUUAGCUUCUCUGACAGCAGCAAAAGCAAAGACAGGAAGGUACUCUACACAGGAGUAGGACAGGAACGGGACUCUGAGCCAAGUGCAGAGGUUUUAAAUGGUGUGUUGCAUGACACUGUAGAGCAGAUGGCUGGCCAGAGUUGUCCAUGGAUCAGUGGUAACGGUGCGCUCGACACAGGGGCAAAUUGUGAGGAGUUGGAGGUCGACCUAGAGAACAAGGUUGAGUUUGCUGUCCUGGAUGAGUUGGAGGAUUUCAGCGAGAACUUCCUGGAGGCUGAAGACGGAGACCAAGGCGGGUUCAGAUCAGACGUUAUUGCACAACAGGAGCAAACUACCGAGGAGGACCUAACCUACUCGUAUGAGGAGGACUUUGACAAUGACGUAGAUGCGUUGUUGGAAGAGGGUAUGCCAGUGCCAAAAAAGAUGCGGCUGGCAGAAGACAAGUAUACAGGAGACAGUGAUCACCCGUCAGAUGGAGAGUCUGGGGUUCAACCAAUGAUGACCAAAAUUAAGACUGUUCUUAAGAGUCGUGGGCGCCCACCCACUGAGCCACUACCUGACGGCUGGAUCAUGACAUUCCAUAACUCUGGCAUUCCAGUCUACCUUCACCGGGAAACCAGGGUUGUUACCUGGUCCAGACCUUACUUCCUCGGAACAGGGAGCAUCAGGAAACAUGACCCUCCUACAAGUAGCAUUCCCUGCUUGCACUAUAAGAAAUUGAAGGAUGUAGAGGAAAAGGAGCUAAAUGGUGAAGUGGUGGUUCCCAACUCCAAUGGAUCUCCCGUAAAGCCUGGAGAAGACGCGGAUGCACCGGAGAGGGCCGAUGAACCGGACUCUACAGCCCCGGAAGAGAGCACGGCGCCGGGGUCUGCGGAGUCCCAGCCUCAGGCGAAGGAGCCUCAGGCCUGCGAAGGGUUCCAGGGGGCUCUGGGCCAAGUCAGAGCCAAGGUGGAGGUGUGCAAGGAUGAGUCUAUUGAAAUCGAGGAGUUCCGCGGCUAUCUGGAGAAGCGCUUUGAUUUUGAGCAGGUGACCGUGAAGAAGUUCCGCACAUGGGCCGAGCGCAGGCAGUUCAACAGAGACAUGAAGCGGAAACAGGCAGAGUCGGAGAGACCCAUCCUGCCAGCCAAUCAGAAGCUCAUCACCCUCUCUUUGCAGGAUGCACCAACCAAGAAAGAGUUUGUGAUCAACCCAAAUGGGAAAUCGGAGGUUUGCAUUCUGCAUGAAUAUAUGCAACGCGUACUCAAGGUUCGACCUGUUUACAACUUUUUUGAAUGUGAGAACCCAAGUGAGCCCUUUGGAGCCUCUGUAAUCAUAGAUGGAGUUACAUAUGGCACAGGGACCGCAAGUAGUAAAAAACUGGCCAAGAAUAAAGCUGCUCGAGCUACACUGGAGAUCCUCAUACCUGACUUCGUGAAGCAGACAUCUGAGGAGAAGCCCUCUGAAGGAGAUGAACUGGAGUAUUUUAAUCAUAUCAGUAUUGAAGACUCGAGGGUGUAUGAGCUUACCAACAAAGCAGGCUUACUUUCACCUUAUCAAAUUCUUCAUGAGUGCCUUAAGAGAAAUCAUGGUAUGGGUGACACAAGCAUCAAGUUUGAGGUGAUCCCUGGGAAAAACCAGAAGAGUGAAUAUGUCAUGACUUGUGGGAAGCACACGGUCCGUGGGUGGUGCAAGAACAAGAGAGUUGGCAAGCAGCUGGCCUCUCAGAAGAUCUUGCAGAUGCUCCACCCCCAUGUGAAGAACUGGGGAUCACUGCUACGCAUGUAUGGCAGAGAGAGCAAUAAGAUGGUAAAAAAGGAGAAUUCAGACAAAAGUGUAAUUGAACUUCAGCAGUAUGCCAAAAAGAACAAGCCAAACCUGCAUAUUCUGAACAAACUUCAAGACGAGAUGAGGAAAUUGGCUAAGCUGAGGGAAGAGACCAGGAAGAAGCCAAAAAUGACCAUAAUGGAGUCUGCCCAGCCAGGUAGCGAGCCCCUGUGCACAGUUGAUGUAUAAAGUUCCACACAGACCAACUAGCACUGUCCACUGUCCACGGUACCCGAUUGUCCAGAAGAAAGACCACGAGUCUAGACGCGAUUACUGAAUUAUGCAUCGUCAUUUAGUGUACAAUGGCAAUAUAUAUAUUUUACAAUUAUGGAGGUCAUUUCAUUGAACAAAGCACGCGAUUCGUUCACCUGCCACCUUAGCCAAGGGCGCAAACUGCAGUCAGAAUGAAAUUCAUGCACUAGGAUAAGGCGUCGAACAUCGUGUACCUCCGAAUGCAUUCUCUGUACAGCACUUAAGCAUCUUCAGAUGAACCACAACUUUUUUUGUUUUGUUUGUUUUUUCCCCUCCCAGUUCUGCUGACAAGCAUAUAAGAUACUAUCUGCCACUAUUAUUUUCUGCUGUUACAAAAGCAUAAACAAAAUCAGGAACUCCAUAUAUUUUCAAAAAGUUUUGUGUUAAGGUUUACUAAGGUGUCCAACGUUGGGGUAGGAUGCUGCCUAAUCAUUUCAGAAGCACGAUAGACAAGUACAAGUUUGGCAUUCGUGUGUCUCAGUAGGAAACCAAACUUCGAUCACAAUCUGCUGUUUGCUGUUAGGACUGCCAUUUGAUUUCAUCCUUCUUUCUUUCUUUCUUUGACGAAUGGAUUUCAUUUAGUGUUUCUUCAGCUCUUAUAGUUAAGCUUCGGUGGUAUGCAAUAGAAUCAAGCUCCGGUAUUGUUGUGAAGUUAAUGUGGUAGCAUUGUGUAUACAGUGAUGCUGGUGGUGUGUAGGAUCAUGACUGAUCAAGAUUACAUGGCAGGUUGUUUGUUUACUUUGCAUGUUUUUUUCUUUUCUUUUUUUUGCAUCUGAAAUCAGUUUGAACCCUGCCCACAAUCUGCAGUGCAACUGAGUGGUAGUUCAUUUAUUUGCGCUUAUGGCCAGAGUAUGUUUAAAUGCCUUUUUUUCCUCCUUGUUUUUGUGGAAAUGUAAGAUGAAACAUAUCAAAAGACAGCCGAUUGUGCUGAUCUGACAAGCUAUAAUUCUUGCAUUCUACUGGCACUGCAGAGAACACAAAGCACCAGAGCUUUAAAGUAGUGUAGUGGUGUUUGUGGUUGUGAAGAUUUGUAGGUCGAAGGCGUUUCUGUCCCCAGCCCCGCUUCCGUUUUUAUAUAGCCUUUAAUUCCAAACCGCUGCAAAGACUACUUCAAACAAGGACGCUGAGUACGAAGAACAUCAGUAUUUACCCAUCUUACAUGAACGUCAGAUAGAGGGACAAUUAGAUGCUGGUGUUUGUUGCCUUAGUCUCUAAUUCUCUUAUGUCCAACACGAGGGAAGUACAAGACCCUUUUACUUGAGUCUUUGCUGAUGGUGAAGCUACCUAGAGUCUAACAGCAGUGCAAUGAAAUGGGAGUUAUUCAUUUUGAUUUGAUUAUUUGGGGAAAGGAAGGGUGAAUUCCCUUAGCAUGAGCUUGGUUUUUAGAGCCGUUUUAACAGAUUGUUGUGUCCACAGGCCUGUUUAAGUAUGUGUACGUUGCAAUCAUUGUAGCGAGUUUAUUGUGUUCAGAACAGGUUUUCCCACAUAAUGACAUGAAUUUUUAAAUUGGUGAACUCCAUUACAAAAGGCAAUUGAGCAAAACGGCUAGGUACUCUAUACCUCGUGCAAAAAUGCGAUCAUGACAUACAAGGUGUGAACCAAAGCUUUUAAUAGUCUUAUGCAUUUUUAUAGAGUAAUGUGGGUUGCUGUAUAAAACAUACAAUAGAUAUAUUUACUGGAAAGGAGGGAUAAAAGUUGCAAUAACUGCUGGAACAAAAAAAACUAUAUAAACCGUGUGAAGCAUUUUAGUUUAGCUGGCUUUUCCUGAAUGUUGCAUUUGUUUUUGAAAUUUCACCGUUGUACAUGAGCUACAAGGCUGCUGUAAUAAAGAGUAGAACGCUUAUAAGAAUGUGCGUGUCUUCACCCCAGUUUGUUCUGAGUUUACUGCCUGUCCAAACUGUCUUGCCAAGUGUGUUGGUGUGAAGAAUAUAUUCUUUUUUUUUUUAUAUACUUGUUACCAUGGAAGGUCUAAUAUUAAGUUGUUUAAUAGGGACAUUGCUGCCUAGGAAGAAAAAAAGAUUUCUUGUCAAUGUGACUUAUGAUCGAUGACUUACAGUGACUUGUUUAUGCAAAUAAAGGUGUCUUGACUAGUG